AUGUGGUAUCAUGAGAGGAUGCACAAAAGUUCCCAUUCAGCGAAACCAAAGUUUAUGGUGUAUUAUGGCAAUGGCAAAGUUGAAAUCCCACUGCUUAAACAACCUCCUGAAAUUCUUGCUAACCUUCUGUUUGAUCAAGAAAAUGUAAUUAGCAGGAAGUUUCAACAACAGAUUCGAGUUUACAAUAUGAUGUUUGUGUUCACAUCACCAGGACAACCACCUAAAUUUUCUCAAUUAUUUACUUAUGACACGGAGAAUGAGGUCCAAAAUCAAAUGCAGGGUCUAAGGAAUACCAAGGGCAUUGAUCCAUUAGUUGUACAACAAUUGUCUGCUAUGUUGUAUGAACACAAUACUCAUGCUAAGAGAUUUAAAAUGGCAAAACAAUGGUUAAAUGAAGUGGAUACACUACAAAUCCAUUUCAUUGCCAUAAUGUUGGAGCUUCUUUUGUCAAACUAUUAUCAAGCUGUAGCUACAAAUCAUAGAAAAAGAAAUUCUGAUUUUCUAAGAUAG